AUGGGAGUGGUGAGCAGCAAAAGGCAGGUCAAGGAGAAGGGGAAGGGCAGAUGGAGCCCCGUGAAGGCCAGCACCCAGGGCAAAGAGGCCCCACCACUGCCGCCCCUGGUCGUGUUUAACCACCUGGCUCCCCCCGCUCCUGGCACCACGCACCCGGACCAAGAGGAACACUUCGUGGUGGCCCUGUAUGACUACAAAGCCGUGAACGACCGGGACCUGCAGAUGAUGAAGGGAGAGAAGCUGCAGAUCCUGAAGGAGGCUGGAGACUGGUGGUUGGCCAAGUCUCUCAUCACAGGAAGAGAAGGCUACGUGCCCAGCAACUUUGUGACCCGAAUAGAGACCCUGGAAGUGGAAAAGUGGUUCUUUAGAUCAAUUUGCCGGAGAGAUGCCGAGAGGCAGCUUCUGGCUCCAAUCAAUAAGGUCGGCUCCUUUCUUAUUAGAGAGAGCGAAACCAGCAAAGGUGCCUUUUCUCUAUCUGUGAAGGAUGUGACCACCCAGGGGGAGGUGAUCAAACACUAUAAGAUCCGCUCCCUGGAUGAAGGCGGCUAUUACAUCUCCCCCCGAAACACCUUCCCCACCCUGCAGGCUUUGGUGCAGCACUAUUCUAAGAAAGGGGAUGGUUUGUGCCAGAGGCUGACCCAACCCUGUGUGAGCCUGGCUCUCCAGAACCCCUGGGCCCAGGAUGAAUGGGAAAUCCCCCGGCAGUCUCUCAAGCUGCUCAGGAAACUUGGGUCUGGGCAGUUUGGUGAAGUCUGGAUGGGUUAUUACAAAAACAACAUCAAGGUGGCCAUCAAGACCUUGAAGGAGGGAACCAUGUCUCCGGAGGCCUUCCUGGGUGAGGCCAACCUGAUGAAAACUCUCCGGCAUGAGAGGCUGGUCCGUCUCUACGCCGUGGUCACCAAGGAGCCCAUCUACAUCGUGACCGAGUACAUGGCCAGAGGCUGCUUGCUGGAUUUCCUGAAGACGGAUGAAGGUAACCGAUUGUCCCUCCCAAGGCUGAUCGACAUGUCGGCCCAGAUUGCAGAAGGAAUGGCGUAUAUCGAGCAGAUGAAUUCAAUCCACCGGGACCUGAGGGCGGCCAACAUCCUGGUGUCUGAGACCUUGUGCUGCAAAAUCGGUGACUUUGGCUUGGCCCGCAUCAUCGACAAUGAAUACACUGCCCAAGAGGGGGCCAAGUUCCCCAUCAAGUGGACCGCCCCAGAGGCCAUCCACUUCGGGGUGUUCACCAUCAAAGCAGACGUGUGGUCGUUUGGAAUCCUCCUGAUGGAAAUCAUCACUUACGGCCGUGUGCCCUACCCAGGGAUGAGCAACCCCGAGGUCAUCCGCAACCUGGAGCGCGGCUACCGCAUGCCGCGCCCAGAUUCGUGCCCACCCGAGCUGUACAGCAGCGUCAUUGCCGAGUGCUGGCGCAGCCGGCCCGAGGAGCGGCCCACCUUUGAGUUCCUGCAGUCGGUGCUCGAGGACUUCCACACGGCCACCGAGGGCCAGUACGAGCUGCAGCCCUAG